CAAAGAAUAAUUCAUGAACAAACUUUACUUUUUGGUAUCUAUGUUAUUUACUCUUUCUAUCCCCUUUACCUCUAAAUGUGUUCUUAAUCUGAUUUCCCUAGUUAACAAGGAAGUCGAGCAUUUAGUAACAUUAGGACACUUUUUGUGCCCUGUUUAGACCUGCUUUUGAGCGGGGAAGUAGAUCAAAAAUCACCAGUUCGCCCAGUUUAUACCUGUCCUGGUUGAAGAAAUGCACCCGAAACUCUUUGCCAAUCCAUGCAUGCAAAAUGUACCAAAACCAAGUUGGUCGGACGAGCUCUGAUCACACAAAAACAAAACUCCGACGAGCGCUUCCUCGGGGGAACUAGAUCUCCCGUGUAGGCACAGUACAGAAGAAGGCAUAUAAAUAUGGUCUGCAUCCUAACACACCAAUCAAGUCAGUCUUCGAGCUUUGCUCUGAAGACAUCGCGGCCAAAGAAGCAAGCAAGACAAUGAGCAGCAAGUUUGUCGUAGUUCUGUGCGUCACUUUGCUUGGCUUGGCGACUUCAGACCGCCGACCACCGCCACACCAACCGCGGUAUCCGCCACGUCCUUCGUAUUCCCAACCACCCAAAUACCCGCAAUAUGAAGAGGUGUGCAAAUUGAAGGAGUGGAGCUCGGACACAGAGCUUUGCAAGCCCGCUUUGACCAACAUUUGCGAGCAAGACAAGGCCAAGGUGUUCAAGAUCGCCAGAGGCCAACCUCGAUGUCUCAAGAUCAAAGUGCCCAAGUGCAAAGUGAUUGAUGAGGCUGAGGAGAUCGAGUUGUGCAAGAUCAAGGUCGAGAAGAAGAAGCAAGAGCUGUACUCGACCAUGUUCGAGCAAGAGAUGAAGAAGAAGUGCGAUACCCACUACUCAACGGAAUGCAAGCCUUCGUAUGGAUCCUACCCAAAGUGCGAGUCGGUCCCUUCUCAGAUCUGCUAUGACGUGCCAAAGCUCCAGAGGGUGCAUGUGCCCAUCAACAUUGAGGCCUCCACCAUCGAGAUGGAUUGCUCUACCUCUCUGGUACCCACCCCUAAAUCCAAAUGCUGGGAAGAGGAAUUGGAGUUCUGUGUGGACAUCCCGGAGUUGAAGGAGAAGGAGGAACAUCUGAGUCGAUGCGCUCCGGAUAUCGGUGAGGAGGAAUGCGAAAAGGUCCGACUGACGAUUCCACGAGAAUUCUGCUUCCAUGUCCAGAAGCAGUACCCACACUAAUGUUUUAAUGAUGUUUUAUUUUGUUAUUUUGAGCAAUCCAUUUACAUACCAAGUUGUCAGAAGUCUGGAAAUUAUGCUGUGAUAUUAGUGUUUAAGUGAUCAUAUCCUGUUGUUGAUUUAUGAUAAUAAAUGUCCCCCCCACCCUUCAAA